UGUUGGCUUUCUUCUCGUACUCUUAAGCUUUUCUCAAACUGGUAAGGUCAUACAACUGAUAUCACAACCCAAUUGUCACCCUUCAUUAUAUAGUAGAAGUACAAGCAAUUCAUCGGCUGACAACCCUAUAACUCGCUGAAAUUCCGCCAUUUUUCUAAACUUCAUUUGAAGUUUUUGUGAUUUGUAAUGGUGUUGCUAUCAACUUGGUAUUGAUUUUUCAAUUGGGGAAAAUCAUCUUCAAUGUUGUGUGCAAUUUCAGCUCCAUAUACUCUCAUUCAAUAUCCUAAAAAUACCCAUUUCAGAGCAAAUCGGUUUGCCCCAUCUACUUUUCGGGUUUCAGCUGUUGCUUCUUCAUCUUCAUUGGACUCAAAAGCUACAAACUUGGAGUAUACCCCUUGGCUUAUUGUGGGUUUGGGUAACCCUGGAAAUAAGUAUCAUGGCACUCGACAUAAUGUGGGCUUUGAGAUGAUUGAUAAAAUUUCUCAGACAGAGGGGAUUUUGUUGAACACUAUACAAUCAAAAGCCUUGAUAGGAAUAGGUUCAAUAGGAGAUGUUCCAAUUCUCCUGGCCAAACCUCAAGCAUAUAUGAAUUACAGUGGAGAAUCGGAUAUGACUCCACCACUUAUAAGAUGGUUUGGGCAAGUGCAACGACGGAGUAUUAGCGAACCGGUUGGACCUCUGGCUGCAUAUUACAAAGUACCUUUGCGCCACAUCUUAUUGGUCUAUGACGAGAUGUGCUUGCCUAAUGGUGUUUUAAGACUUCAGCCGAAAGGAGGACAUGGUCAUCACAAUGGAGUUAAGAGUAUCAUGGGACACUUAGACGGACGGAAGGAGUUCCCUCGGUUAUGCAUAGGUAUUGGGAAUCCACCGGGAAAUAUGGAUAUGAAAGCUUUUCUUUUACAAAAGUUCAGUUCUACUGAACGAAAACAGAUCGAUGCUGCUUUGGAACAAGGUGUCGAGGCUGUGAGGACCCUCGUGCUUAGCGGAUUCAGUGACAGUGUUACGAGAUUUAAUCUUGGCCAGAAAUACAAGUAUCACAAAGUCUAAUUAAAGAAGAUGGUCAAUAUCUCCGAAUUAUUUGCCGAAUUAUUUGCACAGCUGCCCAAGUCAUAGUGACCAAGCCGUGAAGCAAACAUAGAUUUUGGUGCCUCGGCCAGUUCUCACAGGAUAUGUUCCUUGAAUUUUACGUUGAUCUUGGAAAAAGCUCGAAUUAUGUUGGUUUCAAAUAACUAUUGUCGAAUAAACACAUGAACGAUGAAAUAUUCAGAGCAUUUUAUUUUAGCAUGUUGGUUUGUCAAUUACUGUUAAUUGAUACUUGACAUAAAAAGAGCUAAAAAUAGUAAUGUAAAAAAAACAUAUAAAGAACAUACAAAAUGACAAAAUUUAUGUCGGGUUGUGCCUA